ACAGAUGUAUUGUUGGUGGCAAUAAAAAGAAAUGAUGCACAUAAAGCGUCUUAUUAAAGUUAUAGAAGAACUUUAUCCCAGUGGAGAUAAAACAAUCUAAUAAUAAUUAAAAUAAUUUAGUAAAAUCAAGCAAGAUUUGUUGAGGAGUUAUAUGUUUUGUGUAUCAUACUUUGGAUUCCAUCGCAAUAGAUUAAAAAUCACUGAAAGCGCGAGCGCUGGAAUUAGUCUCCGCCCACCUCCAUAAAACACUUAGGCCACUGCAGAUGAUCAUGGAUUAGUGAAAGCACGCGCGUGAGGAAUCAACUUCAGACUCGUGGACUGUCGUCAAAGAAUCCUAAUGUCUGAAAAUGAAGAGCGCACUUUCAUUGCCAUCAAGCCUGAUGGAGUGCAGAGGGGACUUAUCGGAGAGAUCAUCAAGCGUUUCGAACAGAAAGGGUUCAAGUUAGUUGCUAUGAAGUUAAUCCAGGCCGAUGAGGAUCUUCUGAGACAGCACUACUGUGACCUAACGGAUCGGCCUUUCUUCCCUGGGCUUGUCAGGUUUAUGUCCUCUGGCCCUGUGGUUGCUAUGGUGUGGGAGGGUUUUAACGUUAUAAAAACCGGCAGAGUAAUGCUUGGAGAGACUAAUCCCAUUGACUCCAAGCCUGGGACUAUCCGAGGUGACUUUUGCAUUCAGGUUGUCCGGAACAUCAUUCACGGCAGUGAUUCUGUCGAAAGUGCCAACGCUGAGAUCAACCUGUGGUUCAAACCAGACGAGAUCUGUGACUACACUAAAUGUCAGGACAGCUGGAUCAAUGGCUGAACAGCUUCUUUUUCUGCAGUUUUCUCCCUCUCUGGUGUUUCUGCUUGGAUUUCAUUCAUUUUCAUUUUUUACACAGUCUCUGGUGUUUGUAUUUACAAUAAAACAAGAAAUCCUGUGAAUUUGAGGGGCACUUUCAAUGAGCUGCUACUAUAUAAAACAAAUGCUAGAGCCGUGACGACAUGAGUCAUGUAAUUCAAGGAUUGAUCUCUUGACGAUUUUAUUUUAUUAAACAUUAAUACUUCAAGUAGUUCAAAUGGAUGAAUUAGAGGCUUAUUUAUACUUACUGUAUGGUACUCGUGGCCCCACUCGGGCAAAGCAACGAACCAUGUGUCUAGUUUUUUGACAGAGCAAUGCCACACAAAGCACUGCAGAAAGGAAUGAACUUAGGAUAUAAAGUACACAGUGCUCAUUUAAAUGAUACUGUAGCACCAGCAGUGCUGUUUUCAUAGAGUCCUUUAAAAUAUAAUUACGCCACAUAAUACAAAAUCUAUAGUUUCAGAUUGUUACUUCGAAAAAAAGCAUGCAAGAACAGAAUGGUCUGGUCUUCUCGCAGUUAUUACAUAUACGAUUCUUUUGAACAAUGCAGUUUACAUCAAACAGUUAGAGAAAGUCUCUUUCAGUCAAGUACUGGUUGUCUUACCAGUGUACAGUACAUGCAGAAAUAAAUUCAUACAAUAAAAGAUACAUAGUGCAUACACUACAUAAAUGUGGUAAAAGUGCACAAGAGUCAAAAAAAGUGAAUAGCCAUUCAAGACUUUAAAGCUCCAUUUGAACACUUCUUGUCCUAUAGUAUGGUGAUGUUUAAACCACAUGGGCCCCAGUUUAUUAAAAUGCAAGUUCCCUUUUGGUCAGCCAAGCCAAGCCAA